CGCUUCUGAAACAAGUUUGUGAGAAAUUCACCAUUUCUCCCUGGAUUAGUUAGCCUUUUUCCAUGUCUUGGAAACACAGACACACCAACCCUCAUCUUUAACAUUCUUCAAUUCAAAACCUUCAAUUUCGAGAAAAAGAUCAUGCUUUUGAAGAUGGGGAUGGGUGAAGCUUUUGCCAUGUCCAAGAUAAGGAGGGAAGAUUUGGUGAAACGGGUAGUGAUCAUGGCUGUGAUGGCUAUGUUUGUUGUUGAUGCAGCUGAUACAAAUGAUGUCUAUAGUCCAUGCCUCGAUGCUAAAGUUCAGAAAGGAGAUGGUUUUACAUUUGGUAUUGCAUUUUCGGAUAGGCUAGUUUUCUCCCCGGAUAAUGGCCCACAGCUUUCACCUUGUGACAAACGCCUAGAGCUCACAAAUAAAGGAGCACAGGUUGCUGCUUUUAGGCCUAAGGUUGAUGAAAUCUCCCUACUUACCAUCAACAGAAGCACAUUAGACCCGGGAAGAAAUGGACACAUGGUUGCAUUUGCUGGGAAGAAAUAUGCAGCAAGGUCUCUGCCUAUUAUGUUUGCUGACCACAGUCACACAAUUACUAGUUUCACUUUGGUUCUUGAAUUUCAAGAGGGUACCCUUCAAAACUUGUAUUGGAAGAGUUUCGGUUGUGAUGCAUGUCCUAAGGGAAGUAGUUGCCUGAAUCAACAAGACUGUGCAGUGCCUAACACAGAGUGUCAAAAAGAUGGAGAGGAUAUCUGCAAUAUAGGCAUACAGUUGACAUUCUCAGGGACUGACAGGAAUCUGGAUGCUUUAAAUUCUUGGUAUGAAGUGAAAAAUCUACGCCAGUACUCCCUCUAUGGUCUAUUCUCUGAUCUUCGUGACUCCAUCAUUGGCCCAUAUGAAAAGUUAUUUUAAGUUUACAUAUUUCCAGCUUAUAUGUAAAGGAGGAUAUACCCAUUUAACUGUUCUUUGUGAGUUUAAAUUGCUUUGUCUUCACCCUUCACAUUCAUAAUCAAUCCCCACAACAGCCCACACUGGUAUAUCUUCAGAAAAUAUAUUGGGAUGUCAAAAGAA